CUUCCACUUCGAGAACCUGUGCAUGGUUUGUCACGGUAAGAGAGAGAGAGCGAGCGAGCAAGCAGCGAACCUUCUACUGCACCAAAUGGCAGCCGUGCCCUGUCCCGACGCGGAUAGAGAAUUGCUCGACGUGGUUCACAGUGAACCAGAAGACGUCGUGCUGCAACCGAGUGUGAGCAAGAGCCUACGUGGCCCAGAUAAGGCAUUCUCGUGAAUAUCCAGGACUACGAGUGGCUGGCUACCGACGGGCCUUCUGCCCGACCUUUAUUCUGUAGCGUCAGGCCGAAGAUUGCUUGCUCGGCAGGAGAAGUGCCUCUCAGCUCCGUUGCUGUCACGACCACCGAAUCUCCCCCUGCGGUGCGCUGGAAGUUCGUCCGUGUUCAUAUAUUGUCAGUCGGAACUUGCAGAAUUUUAAAAGUGCGAGUGGAAGAAAAUCAGAACGCUAAGGUUGAGAAUUGUGGAGUGAGGUCAGAGGACACGAAUUCGCCAGAUUAUUGUGGAGCUGAAAUCGCCAGAUUAUUCGAGUUGAGGAGUGGCGAUGGCUGCGUUGGCAGUUGGCUUUUGCCAGCCCUGUGCAUUGUUGAACGCCCCGAUCAGAAGGCUUUCUGUGUGCAAGAGUGUUAGUGCUGGAAGAUUAGCAUGGGAUCCUUUGCAUCGGCGCACAGGGUUUAGUCUUUCUACCCUCUCGAGUAGAAGAGAGCCUAAGCUAGUGACAUCGUGGAGGGCCAGCUCUGAGGAUGAAAUCGAAGUGGUGGAAGCGCGUGAAAGCGUCGAGGUUUCGAAAGGAUUUCUGGAAAAAUUGACUGAGAGUUUGAAAGAUUCUUGUAGUUCGGCUGUGAAACCUGCUUUGGCUGUCUUCCUCGCGGGAAUGUUGCUUCUCCAGCCUAUGGAUGAUGCUAUGGCUGCAAGUUCGGGCGGUAGGAUGGGUGGGCGUGUGUUUAAAUCGGCGCCAGCUCCAAGCAGGUCUUACUCCGGUGGUGGUGGUGGUGGAGGAGGCGGCGGCAGGGGUUACGCAGCUCCUCCAAUUUAUGGGUCGCCUUAUGGAUAUGGUUCUCCAUUCGGAUUUUCACCCUUUAAUCCAUUUUUUGGUGGUGGCUAUGGGUACGGUGGUGGCGGUCUCCUCCUAGGGCCUUCGAUUGGAUUUGGUGGCGGAGGCUUCUUCCUCUUUGCCAUGAUUGCCUUCGUAACUCUUCGAGCCAUUGCCGGUUUUUUGAGGAAUCGAUUCGACGACAGAGACGACUUCGACGAUUAAAGGAUGUUCUAAGUGCUUGUGGAUUUCAGGAGAAGAGCAUAGAACUCUUUGAGUGAGUGUACAAAUUGUUACUUAGGUUGUAAAGUAGAAAAGUAUCAACAAAGAUACAAUUCAAAACAAUUCUUGAUGUCAGUUGUUUUUGCACUAAGCUCUCUUGUUGGCAUGGCCGUAUUUCUUCUCACCACCGGUGAUGUCUAGCUUCUGGAUCUCUGUCAGUUCAUUGCCGUUUUCAAAUCUUAACUGUGCCUUUUGUUUAAUAUCUGAAUGGCACUCAUAUCAACAUACACCGAUUAGAAUUUCACAAAUUUAGUCAGAUACAUUACAUCAUUUACGGAAGGUGACAGGAAUGAGCAUAGUAUCGUCUGUAAUUCUAGUCCUGUCUGCUAACUACAUGUUCAGACCACAUCAUAAUUUCUACUCUCGUUGUGUCUAGCGC